CGAGUUUUAAUAACAAACUUACACUACCAAUUACAUCAACUCAUGAGAAGAGGUGCACCAUAGCCGUAACCAAUUGAUGGGAACACUUAAUCAGUAGUGCGCAUUGAAUACACAGCAUUAGUAAUAUGGCUAGCAAUAAAGGAGGAUGUGCUGGACAUUGGGAGAAAUUGGCUGCCAUGCCAACGAAACGUGUUUACAGUGCCCCUGUUGAGGUUGAUGGAAUCCUGUAUGUUGUGGGAGGAUGUGACAGCCUUGGCAAGCCUAUUGACUCUCUGGAAUCUUAUGAUCCUAAGAAAAAUAAAUGGAGGCGACUGGCAAAUAUGCCCACACCGAGGGCAGGACCUGCAGUUGUUGCUGUAGAUGGUUGUAUUGUCGCUAUCGGGGGUGUAGGGCAUGACCAGUUACCGGUUAAUAGAGUUGAAAUGUAUAACGUAAAAUCAAAGACUUGGUCAUUACUGAAACCUCUUUAUGAAGAGGUAAUGGGAGUAUCAGCUGUUGUGUUUGAGAAUAACAUCAUAGUUAUCGGAGGAAUGAAAAAAAACACUGAUCCAUCAUCCAAAGUCACAGUUUUAGACAUCAAGGAAAAUGUAUGGCAUGAACUACCAGACCUUCUGACUCCCAGAUACGCCACAUCAUCAUACCUGAUUAAUAAAAAGUUGUAUGUCUUAGGUGGAAGACAUGGCAAAAAAGCAACUCCUGCCUUUGAAAUGCUUGAUUUAGGCUUGUCAGUAGAUGACAGGAAGUGGGUCAAACUUCCUGAUAUUCCUAGUAAACGAGUAUUUCCCUGUUAUGCCUCUUCGGAUACACAUUUCUUUAGCCUUGGUGGACUUCACGAAAAUCCCCAGAGUCGUGAUGUAAAUGAUCGUUUUUCUGAUGUCAUGGAAUCUUAUGACAUUGAAAAGGGUGAAUGGGCCGUUAAUACCCCAAUGAUUACGAAGCGAGGCGACUUUUCUGCAGCUUACAUGAAUGGAAAAGUAAUAGCAGCUGUUGGAAUGAGUAAUCAGGGCAAUGCGUUGACUGAAGUUGAAGAAUUUGACUUAACCACCAAUCAAUGGGAGAAAGUAGAAGCAACUUCUGUUGCACAGUGUUCAUGUGCUUCUAUUGUCUUUAAAAAUCGUUUCCUCAUUAUUGGAGGUCUCUCAAAUCAAGGACCUUGUAAUCACAUGCAAGCAUAUGGAAUAAAGACAAAAUCAAGUUGAUUUGUAAAACUACAGGGUACUGAUCUCUCAAUCAGACUUGAAUGUCAUGACUAGAGAUUUUAUCAGUGAUAAAAACGAUUUGGUGAGCAAAAUUUUGAGGACCAAAUUAGAUAAUAAUUAAGAAUUUUUGUCAAACGUUUCCUUUCAAAAUUUUUAAAUAAGGGGGAAUAUUUUCACUUACACAUUUAUCCAGCAGUGAUUGUUUUUUUCCUCUUUUCCAACAUACUGGAACAUUUAUUUCCGUACCUACUGACUGAUGGAUUAUGUUUCUGGGAUUUUUGCUCACCAUUUUCUGACAAAGAUUCUUUAUCUGAUUUAUAGGCAACAUUUUGCUCACCAAAUGGUGCUCGCUGUUUACCUGUACUCCCACAACUGUAAUUUUAAAUGAAGUUGUAACAGUAUUAGGUACUGUUUGUGGCUAUUUUUCGGCCAUUUUUAGUCCCCAAUUAGAUGAAGUUCAAUUGAAUGUCUUUGUAUGAGCAGGUCUUGUUUAUAUGUGGACAGACAUUCAAACUUGGUUACAUGCAUUGACAUUAUAGUACCUGGACGUGCAUCACUUUCAUUUUCUGAUUUCUUUCUCCAGAACAGUGUUUUGGCCCUGCAUUAUAAGAUUAGUUGAUCAAACUUUGUGUGUAUAAUGUGCAUUGAAUAUCACGGCACCUUGAUGCAUGUUGCUUUUAGGAGCUGAUUACAAAUGGCAAACUGGCAGAAAUUUUGUUUUCAACAAGUGGUAUUUCUGACAAGCUUUACACAUACAAUAUCGAUGUUCAGAUUCAAUAUUGAGAUGGUCAACUGGUGUCUAAAAUUGCACUAAAUUUGUAUCA